AAGAUUAAUUUCUGAGCCAUCAAACUUAAACGACGCAUAUUAUAUUUAUGCAAGAGUAUUUUACAUUAGAUCUUUAAAACAUUAUAUUAGAGAAAUGUAUAUAUAAGUUUUUCUGUGGUUGAGCCACCCGUUACAACCACCCUAUGUAGAGGAGCUCGAACAAAUUGGCCGACGAGAACGAUCAAUAAGUGGAGGUGGACUGUUUUGUUGGCCAACGCAACGCUUUGCGUGGCAAAGACGUUUCGCGACGCGCGUGAAUCAUGUUGCGGUAAUUUCUGCUGUCCCGAAGUGCUGUGGAUUUUUUCUCCCAGUUCCAGUUUGUCAAGCAUAAGGGAUUUUAAAUAGGAGGAACAAUUUUAGCGACAAUGGCAUCGUUGGAGGACAGUUGGAAGGAAGCUACGCAAGACCUGAACGCCGCGGUCUGCGACUCUUGGUUCACGCGGCUGCAAGAGGUCUACUCGGAAGAAAAACGCACGUACCAUAACCUGGACUCGCUCAGGGAGAAGCUGAAUCAUUAUUACGAAAUCAAGAGCAACCUCAAGAAUCCGCGAGCCGUCCUGUUGGCCAUAUUCUUUCAAAAUUUCGAAUACGAUCCCAAAGCUCUGGACGGCGAGGACAAGAAUCUCGAGCAUUUCAAUGCUUUCGCGGAUGAAGUCGAGAUACCAUCAGAUGCAGAGCUCAGAGAGGAAACGUGCUCUCUGCUGAAAGUAGCCGCGACUCACAGCACCGAGGCGCACAAAGUUGGUGGUGCCUUUGGCGGUGAGGACGCUCAUUACUUUCUCGAUCUGGACAUGGCGGUACUCGGAUCCUCUCCGGACACUUAUGCCGAGUACAGAGAGCGGAUACGCGGGGAAUAUUCCUUCCUCAGCGAGCCUAUGUACACGGCACUGCGACUGAAAGUGUUGCAGAACUUCCUGCAGAUCCCGAACAUCUUCGCCACCAUGGAGUUCCGCGAUAAGCUGGAGGAGCAGGCGCGCCAGAAUAUCGAAGCGGAAGUGGAGCUGUUGUCUUAGAAUCCUGUCGUCUUUGCUUCGCACCAUCGACGGUUCCCUUUGCGCGCUCGCUGCUCGAGGCCAGGAAUCCGCUUCGAUCAUAUUCACCGAGGGCUUUCAGCAGAUGCAGUAAUAAUGUCAGGAAGGAUCCCGACGCCUACCUCACGGAGAUACACUCGUCGCCGCGCCGGUUCGUCGCGGAAUCAUGAAACGAACGUCGAAUGCGAAUCUCUUGUGAAUACGGGAACAGGAUGUUAGUGUUAAAUAAUUUACGUUACUCGUUCCGUAUUGUUGAUUUACGGUGAUCUGAGUUGAGCUUGAAUAUCUCAAUACAUAUAAAUCGCUGUGUAAUAUUUUCUCUCUUAAUAACUAAAUAUAAAUUUAUUUGAAAGAUCGUCAGAUCUUUCUUACGCGCACAAGCUUUCAAUUGCUCAUGGCGAGAAUUGUUCUUGUUAUUCCUUUGUUAGUUUAGUACCUAAUUAUUCUUUUGUUGAUAAUUAUUAUCAAUUUAGCAAUUUUUCGUUGAAAUUGUCUUUCGACUUUAUGGAGGGGAGUUGAGAGUGAAAAUUGAAAAAGUAAUGAGCGAUUUAUUAUUGCGUCGUUUAGGACUUGUGAAUGGAAUUGACAUGUCGAUAAAUGUAAUAUGAGUAUAUUUUAGAAAGUGUAUAUUUUCACCACUGUGUGUAGAGAUGAGAAAAUCGAAAUUGGGAGGUACGCUUUGUGCUUCUCGUUGUGCGGCGAGACACCUUUCCGUGUUUGCAUUUUCGAAGAUUCUUUGAUAAUUGAUCUGAUGUUCUCCGGAGUGCUCCGGAGACUUUGGACAAUUUUAAAAGGAUUUGAAAAAUUGCCGGAGAGAGAGAGACGAUAACAUGUCCAUGGAUCUUCAGAGAUCUUCGAAACAAGCUUACAUUACUUUAACUACGGCAACACGUUGCCGCAUUUUAUGCAAGUUAAAAUUAAUCAACGCUGUAACAAAGUGUAUUUUAAAGCUCGUAUUGAAGUGUUAAUGAAGAGAAUUGUUAAAUAAUAAUUAAGAUGCGGCAAUGAAUGUCCGCAAUCCAAAAAAUGGCUGGUGGAAAUAUUAUAAAAAUGUGCAAUGGAAUAAAGAUGAUUAUUAAAUAUA